AUGCCCUCUGUGCAAUUGACUUACUGUGCAAAUGGAUCACUGUGCCCGAGUCGGAGCGCCCAAUUCCUAAUUAAAUCCUACAAAAUCUUGUCCGACGAGAUCGAUAUUUUUCGAAAUCUCGAUCAAAUAGGGUUGUCGGUUUCACAAGAUUCUUCGGUAAACAGCAGAGGUGGGUCGGAUUUCCGAUGUCCGACUUGUGAUUUCCGGCGUUUUUUCCUUUCGAUUUCCGAAAAAAAUUUUGAUUUCCGAGUUCCGACUUUUGAGCCAGUACCGAUUUCCGGCUCUUCCUAUUUCCGACACCUCUGGCUGUUUCGACCCACUUCUGGUUGA